GGGAAAGAAGUUUCGUAAUGCUACUCCAGAUGCACACACGCACAAGUACGUGUACAUGUGUGUGUUAUAUAUAAAGUUGUAUCUAUAUAUACGACCUAAAACCCUUUCAAUUUUUAAUUUCUUCGAUAUUCCUUAAUAAUUUUAAUCUCUAGUGAUGAUGAUAUGAGGAAUUCGAAUUUGAUUAUUCAAUCUUUGAUUUUUCCGAUUUUGUUUUCAUUGGUUUUUUCAAGAAUUUUUAAUAUUAUUGAUUUGAUUUGAGGAGUUCCCAAAAAAUCAUGGAAGAAAAAGGUCAACAGGGAAAAGAUCGAGUCUCUCCUGCUUCAAUCUCAGCUUUGCCCUUACAUGGUGAUGGGCUUGUGCCUGAUAACUACAUGGAUAAGCCACUUUCUCCCAAAGAUGAAAGGAUUGUUUCUCCAAAUCCUUCUCCAGAUGCAGCCCUCACAGGGUCCAUGAGAAAUAUAUCCAACCAAUCAGAACCAUUGAAUGCAAGUGGAGCUCCAACCCCUGUAAAUCCAUCCAAUAUUUUUGCUCCUCCUGAGCAAACCUACUUUUAUGGAGGUUAUGAUGAUGGCUCAGCUAACUGGGGAGACUAUUCUAAUUAUGUUCAUACUAAUAACUUGCAGAUUGUGCCUCCGACAAUUUACAAUGACAAUGCAUCACUAUUAUUUCACCCUGCAUAUGGAUUCGAUUACAGCCAGUUUUCUCCUGUUGCUAGUCCCAUGUCUCCAAUAAUGAUAGAUGGACAGCUGUUUUCACCUCAUCAAGUUCCAAUCUCUCCUUCUUACUACUCACAGCCUGUUUCUCCUAACUUACCUCAAACCGAUCUUUCACCAUCACCAAACAGUGGGAUGCAAAUGCAAGAGGGUCUUGGAGACAAUGUUUUUAUGGCUCCAAGUCCAGGAUCAGAUACUAGUAGCUUUGUGUCUCCAAUCACAUCUGGGGGUUUAUACCCUGCUCCACUUGGUAUUCUUGGGUCUUAUGAACACAUUUUUAGUCAGAUUCCGCAACAGCAGUAUGGAUAUGGAUACGGAUACGGGUCAGUAUCCGGAUCCGGAUCCUCCACAAGACGCUUCCCACAAAGUGGAUCUUUACGAGGGCAAAACUAUGGAAACAAUUCCAUUUUUCAAGGGGAAGCAAGUCGCCUGAACCGAUUCAUCCCUGAAAAAGGCGGGAAACAUAGGGACAAAGAUGGAAUUAGCAUGAUUAAUGAACCACAUGGUACUACCAGUGAUCGAAACAGGGGACCGAGGGCGUCAAAGGCAAAAGGAGAGCAGAUAUUAUCUCCCGAGGGUAAAAUCGACCUUUACAAUCAACCGGAUUUUGUCACGAGUUAUGAGAAUGCUAAAUUCUUUGUAAUAAAGUCUUUUAGUGAAGACAAUGUCCAUAAAAGUAUCAAGUAUAGUGUUUGGGCAAGUACCCCUUUGGGAAACAGAAAACUUGAUGCUGCUUAUCAAGAAGCAAAGGAAUCUGAAGCCGAUUGUCCAGUCUUCCUCUUCUUUUCUGUAAAUGCAAGUGGACAGUUUUGUGGAGUGGCAGAAAUGGUGGGACCCGUAGAUUUUGUGAAUGAUGCAGAGUAUUGGCAGCAGGACAGGUGGAGUGGCCAAUUCCGUGUGAAAUGGCAUAUCAUCAAAGAUGUUCCAAAUAGCCGAUUCCGACAUAUUCUUCUUGAAAAUAAUGACAACAAACCUGUUACUCAUAGCAGAGAUUCACAAGAGGUGAAACUAGAAGUGGGGAUUGCAAUGUUGAAGAUCUUUAAAGAUCAUGAUGCAGAGACAUCGAUCUUGGAUGAUUUUGGUUUCUAUGAUGAACGAGAGAAGGAUUUGCAGGAAAAGAGGUCAAAAGAUCGUGAAUUUACCAAAAACACCCUCAAUGUCAAUGAUACUUCAAUAACUCAACUUGCUGAUAAAGUUGCAGACUCCCUCCAUGUGGAUGAGAAGACGGAAAUACAGUAAAAAAAAAAAAAAUAGUAAAUCGGUUCUUUUAUACUCCCGGAAGUGGUAAAAGUUGAAACUACUCUGACCCGUAAAUUGUUUUAGUAAAAUAUGGUAAUUUUUCGGUGUUUCUGAGAGGGAGUGGGGUAUGGGAGUUUGACUCUGUUUGACUUUUGGGCAACCUUGUAAUUUGUCACCCCUUCUUGUUUCUAAAAGGGUAGGUGGUGGUGGUGAGAGAGAAGGAUAUGUAGUUUUAAGUUUUUUGGUUUAUUUGCUGGAGGGUGGUGGUGGUGGUGGUGGUUAUUGAGUUGCUCCUCAAAAGUGUACAAUUUCUAAAGUAAAAGAAUUAAUGAAAAUAUAUUAUGCUAGCAAAGCCAACUUUUGGCACUUUUUGUGUGUUGC